CUUUCGUAUGUGGUUUCAGUUGAUUCCAUCGAUCAGUUAAGCAAAUUAUCCACACUCGCAAAAUGGCUACAACCAAACUCGACUUUAUUCUCGACACACUUCAGGACAUCAGCUCAGUAUCAUUCGGCUCCUUCAUGGUAGUACAUCUUACCGCUCCAAUAUCAGCCUUUAUUUCAGCCGGCGAACCAACUGCAUCCAGUAUUCAACUUCUAGGCCGAGUCUGGUAUCAAGAUUCAAAAACUCGUGAAAUUCUUAUUGUUUGGGGAAGUCUUGGCGUUCAUAUAAUUGUUGGGAUAGUCAAAAGGAUCACACGGGUUGGUCGUCUAAGACAAUUACGUGGUGACCUCGAACGUUCGGCCAAAGAAUCAGAGCAAGUCACUGAAGGAACCCUCAGCCCAAGCGAGCGACGUACACUUUCCAAACGUAGUCUUUACCUACGUCUACGAGAAUAUAUGCCACGAACUUGGCAUGCUCUGACAGCAUACAUAACUUUACCUUUACUGGCCGAUCACAUUCUUAGCCAUCGUCUACGCCCUGCUACACCAGUCUCUUACCUCUUCGUAUCUUAUCAUCUACAAAUGAAACCUAUCUUAUCAAGCCUUAAGUACAGCCUCUUGGUCUCUUUUGCCACAUUCCAUACCCUUGUCGGAUUCAAUCAGUUAUGGAGCAAGUAUCGUCCAGGUCAUUCUAAAAAACGACGUUCCAUCCAGGCCUCAGAAAGAUCUUGGACUACGGGUCUCGGUUGGUUAGGUGUUGUUAGUGCAGUUGGAUUAGGAGUGAGAAGUGUCUCUCGAGAGCCAGUGCCUAGUUGGUUAGCAAGACGUUAUGCCGCCAUCCUGGGCUGAAUUGCGAUACUCUGUCAUGUCAGGACCAAGUUUGUGAUCGUUGGAUGCGAAUGAUAAUCAUGCUUGAGUUUGUCUGAUAUAUUAAGCGCCAUCUUGUGUUCUCCUUGUUCAUUUUCCGCCCGAUCUUCUGAUCAUCUUUAUGAUCACUUUGUAAAAAAUUCGCUGUUUUUGUUUUUGUUUUCAAAGGUAUAGACGAGGGUGUCUAAAGCAUCAAUUUAAGAACGUGGAAACAGAUUUGUACUCCCAGUCUUACGAGUGAAUGAGCAAGAUUGCAUGGUUUCUUAGCUGU